AUUUGACUUACUUGCUUGAGUUACAAUACAAAAUGGCGGCGCCCAUGGAAAAUUUACGGAAAGCAUGACAUUGAAGAGUGGUUUGUAGUGAAAACACAUAAUAAUGGCCUUUAUGUUGAGAUCGGUGGUGCCAAGAAUUCCUAAAUUAAAAAAAGCAGCCUACACCUACACUUGGGACAAGAGAGCAGACAAGAUCCUCCCCGACCAUUAUAAGAAACGUUGUAUCGACUUUCUAACCAAGGAACCAGAGGCUGUACAUUAUGUUCCAUCGGGAUCAAAGUGGCGUUACGAUGUGUCACAACAUCGGCCGGUCCCGGUACAAGAUGUUCCCCCAGAGGUCACCUACCCUGAUGCCAUCCGUAAGGGUUUGUUUGGAGGAGAGGGCUACAUACGCGGAUUUACAAGGAAAUCCAAGUUCAAACCAAGAGUACCUCGAGUGUGGGCCCCGGUUGUGAAGGUUCAAUAUCUUUAUAGUGAGAUUCUCGACCAGUGGCUCAAGAUACAUACCACAAACCGUGUUAUGAACCAGAUCACACGACUCAUGGGACUCGAUUACUACAUUCUGGAGACUCAUGAGAGAGACCUGAAUUCACAACUUGGCAUGACUCUGAAGCGACAGAUGUUGAUGGCCCUGGCACAACCGGAGAAACUCUACCCAGAUCAACCAAACAAACGGCAAUUUGUAUUGAAGUGCUACGGCAAAUACACAAUUCCGCUGGAAGAAGCCGAAUGGAUUGGCCUACCAGUUGAGGUUGCCAUUGAAAAAGCUAAAGCUGAAAUGAAAACUGAGAAAACCAAGGAGACAGUACCUCUCAAGGAUCUCUAUCGGGACCAAUAUAUUGAAAGAUUGAGGAAUCCAGAAUUUGUGCAAAAUCAGGAAGAUGCUGAGUACCAAUGAAAGGUGAAAUAAAAAAUGAAGUAACGUGCCAUGUGUGAUCAGGUGUAGGCAUCCAGGUGAGAUUCCGCCAGGUGUUCCUUAAGGAGCUAUUCUGCCAGACAGCACAAGAAGGGAACACACUUCAGAGUCAAUCAAUGGACAAUACUUAUAGAAAAGUCUAUCUUUGUGUUUCUGACAGUGACUUUGGCACAUCCUGCUUUGUAGUACCUUCAGAAUAUCAACGAAGAACCAAAGUUGGACGAAUAGAAGUCUUGCUCGAUUAUCAGGUUUUGGUUUAUUUGAAAGUGACUGAGUAUUAUUAUUGAACAUCAAGAAUAGAAAAAGUUUUGUCCAGGAAAGAGUAAUAUGUUUUAGGAACAGUGCAGGAAUGAAAUUUUAUUUUGAGAUACCUCUUUGUUUCUUCAAAAGAAAAAUAUUUUGGUGAUGCUGAAUUAUUGAUUUGAAACUUGCAUGUAUUUGAAAACACAAUUAAAGGUCCUUUCUUUUGCAAAAAAAA